AUUACAACUACGCUGGUGAACACUACACUCGCAGUAGAUAGUGUAGCUGACGUGAUACGAGAUGUGAAGACGAAGAAUAUCGAGUACCUGAACAUAUCGUACUACGAUGAUUAUGGGAAUGUGUUUGAGGAUAUUACAACUAAUCCCUUCGAGAACUACACUCAGGACUUCUUGACAAUCGAUUACAGCAAUCGAACACUGACACGAACGGAUCUCGCUGUGGAGUAUGAAAAGUAUGAUGGGUACGUGAAUAUGAAAUAUGGAUUGUUCCGCAUCAGCUACGAUUAUCACACCAAGGCUGGAUAUAAAUCCGAGACCCGAUCGUGGGGAGGAGAUCUUAUGUUCCACUAUCCCAAUCAGAUGUGGGCAUUUACGCUGCUGCUAGUAGCUGGGGCACUUACUUUCAUGGCAAUGAUCCUAACAGCGACCAUCUAUGCCUUCUUUGUCAAGGACAAGUCUCGUGUGUAUGGCAUUGCAGUGGUAUAUGUGUGGUUCACCAUAUGCACGCUACUGUUAGCGAUACUUAUGUUCCCGGUCAGUUUUGCGAACCUACAGACUUACCAUGUGGGCUGGUGGAACCCUGAGAACCCAAAAAGCUCUUUAAUGUGUGGAGAAAGUGCAAACUACUACAACUCCGGCGAUUGCUCGGUAGGAUGGUCGUACAUGCUAGUUGUCUUCGCCUUCUUCACUGCGGUGUUCAGUUAUCACACAACUCGAAUUGCGCUGGAUAAACCAAAGGGAGACCUGACUUCCGCCAUCGAUACUGGUUUCGCGUGCGAGCUUUAA